AUGCGAGUCCUUGUUUAUGUGGCGUUUGUGGGACUUCUCCUGGACACAGCAACAACUCUGGAAGAAACAUCUCUCAGAGAGGAGCUCAAACAAGCAGCAAUAAAGUGGGAGGGUGAUAUUCCAUGUCAGAAGUCGGACUGCAGCUGUGCCUUCAGGUCCAUGGGCUGUUGCUGUGGAAACCAGGAGCUUCAGAGUUUGAGAGAACACGUCUCUGAGUCGUUCCUGAACGUCUCUGACAGAAUCAACCAGCUUCAACAUGAGAUCCGUCAAGUCAUAGAACCUGUAAAUGUUGCCUUCACUGCCUUCCUGGGGGAUGUCAACUGCAUUGGACCAUUUGAUAGGAAUAUGUCUAUUCCCUACGAUGUCAUAUCCCUGAAUGAUGGAUUUGGAUACAACAGCGGAUUGGGACUGUUCACGGCCCCAGUGACAGGGGUCUACUACUUCUCUGUGUCGGUGUACUCCAGAAUGCAGUGGGCCGGACAGCACCUGUUCCACAAAGUACAGAUGAUGAAGAACGGCGAGGUGCAGGUGUCCACGUGGGAGGACAACAGGGAUGACCCGGAGGACAGCAGCCACCUGGCCUUGCUGCUGGCUAUGAGGCAGGGGGACCAGGUGUACGCCGAGCUGCUGCAGGAGCGGAGCCUGUGUGGGAACAUCAAGGGCCUCAACAGCUUCUCAGGGUUCCUGGUCUACCCCACACCAGACGCAACAAAAGCAUAUUAG